UGGAAACCAACUUGUUCUGUGGUUCUUCCUUCGUUUUCAUCGUCUGUAUAACCUCUAAAAGCCAGCUUCAAACUCUACCCGCAGUUCGCGUCUCUAUGGCUGCAUGUAGUUUUGGAGCUUCAAGUAUUAAAACCCCAAUCUUGAAAUUGGGUGGUUCUAUUAGACCUAAAUUAGGUACAUUACAAUUGCUGCAUGGCACAAGAAUUGUUACUCCAACAAGAUAUGAUCGUUUGGUAAUAUCACAGAGAUCAGAGAAAGCGUUAAUUGAAUGUCAAUGUUCAUCUGUUGAAGCCGGAGCUACUACAAAAUUGGAAGAGGGUUCUAGAGAAUCUAUAUCCUCCGGUGCAGUAAGCCACCCCAUUCCCAGCUCAUAUGAGGUGGAAUAUCUUCUCACAAAAUUAUGCGAUACAACUUCAGUUGCAGAGUUUGAAUUGAAUCUUGAUGGAUUUCGACUUUAUGUAUUGAGGGACUUGACCGGGAGAAGUAAAACUUCGCCACCUCCAACUUCUGCACCUGUCAGUACCAGUGCGACAGUUGAUACACCUGACCUAAAUGGAUCAGUCUCUUCACUGUCUUUAUCCAAACCCUUACCUUUUAAAGCCGCAGAUGAAGGCUUGGUGGUACUUCAGUCUCCAAGGGUUGGGUAUUUCAGGAGAUCUCGAACUAUUAAAGGGAAGCGCGCACCUCCGUCAUGCAAAGAGAAGCAAAUAGUGAAGGAGGGACAGGUGCUUUGCUACAUUGAACAGCUUGGUGGCGAGAUCCCCAUAGAGUCCGACACAUCUGGAGAGGUCAUCAAGAUACUACGUGAGGAUGGUGACCCGGUUGGAUAUGGUGAUGCUCUCAUUGGGAUUAAGAAGCUUCAGUAGAUCGUUGGUGUUUUUUUUUCCCCGGCUCCCCCUUUUUUUUUACCCUUUUGUGAGCACAUAUUUACUUCUACCUUCACAAAUUGGAUGGAAUUACUUGAUUGGCAUGUGGGUCUGUAAGCAGAUUCAGUUGCCAAUUUUUCUGUUAUAUCAACUGUGUCUGAAUCUUGGGAUCAAACCCUUCUUUUCUUUGGGGCGUAGAUAUAAAUUUAAUCAAAGAUUUUUGUACUGG